AUGCAAGGCGGGGAGCGCGCCGAGGAGCUGCUCUCGCGGCGAAAGCGGCGGCGGCGGCAGUGGAGGCUCCCGGAGGCUCCUCACCGCGAGGAGGAAAGGCAGCAGCGGCGACGGCUGUUGCUGCUGCUGCUGUGGAAGCAGAGCGGGCUGGGCCGGCGGCGGCAGGCGGUCAGUGUCCGCAUCCAUCCUGCUGCAGCGGGGGGCCGAGCAACGGGGCCGACAUGGAGCAGCAAACAGCGGCGAAGAUGA